AUGCGGUAGAAUCCUUCCUCCAGAACAGGAGUUGGCACCUCUUUUCCCAUCUUCAAGGAAGGACAACGUGCUCAGGAGCGCUUCCCAAGUGAAUGACUGAAUGAAUGAACGAAGGAGGGAAGAGAGGAAGGAAGGAAUCAGCCUCAUGGAACAGGGAGGUUUAGAGAAUCCUGGCAAAGCAAGAGGCGCCGUGCUAGCCAGGCCCUGCGGGAGUGUUGCUGCAUGGUGAGGUUGGGGGGUGAGGGUCGGCCCCAGCAGGGAAGGGCAGGUGCAGUGAUGGCAAGGCCAGAGCACGUGGGGAUGAGGAGAUGCGGUACUGCGACGGCUGGAGGAGGGUUGCAGGAGCUGCUCAGACAUGGGGGCAGCUGCAGUCUCGGCUCCUUGCAGGUUGGGAGAGAGUCAUGCUUGGUGUACAGCUGGAGAGGGAAGUGGGCCGAGGAGGUGGUGGAUGCCGAAUGUGCCCAUCCCUGACGGCCGGCGCCUCAGUGCACAGCAGGCCUAGGUCUCGAUGGGGACGGCCACCGAGGUCAGUCCUGCUGGGCUGCUGCCUCAGAGCUCACUCUACUAAUGCUCAGGUGGCUCAUCUGUAAAGUGGGCGGCAGCACCGUGAGGACCCAGCCAGGUGACCGAUCACAUGCAAGGUUCUGAUGGAGUCACAAGCUGGUCACUGCUGCUGGUCCUGUCCCCUGUGUGCAGGAGACGCGGAGGUAGGGGACCCGUGUGCCUGUGAGAACAGAGCAGACAGGAUGCCGGAGAGGACAGCAGGCACGGAAGCCGGAGGGGACAGCAGGCACGGAAGCUGGAGGGCACAGCAGGUACGGAAGCCGGAGGGGACAGCAGACAGGAAGCUGGAGGGGACAGCAGACAGGAAGCCGGAGGGGUCAGCAGGCACAGAAGCCGGAGGGGACAGCAGACAAGAAGCCGGAGGGGACAGCAGACAGGAAGCCGGAGGGCACAGCAGACAGGAAGCCGGAGGGGACAGCAGGCACGGAAACCGGAGGGGACAGCAGACAGGAAGCCGGAGGGGACAGCAGGUACAGAAGCCGGAGGGGUCAGCAGCUUGCUGAAUGGCCUUCCCAAUGACCUCUCAGCCUGUUUUAGCCCAGUCUUGUUUUGGUGAGAAACUGACUCCGAGAACUGAGUGGGCUGCUCUGAGGUCCCGCCCCCGUCGGGGCAGUGCCGGCCUCUCCGGAAGCCCCUGGGCUGCUCGCAUCCCGCUGGGUGUGUUUACCAGUGCUUAAUGAAAACUAUUGCAGCCACCCGUGAAGAGAUCGGAUCUCACUAUGUUGUCCGGGCUGGUUCUCCAGUAAUCCUCCUGACGCAGCAUCCUGAGUAGCUGGCCUGCAGUGUUUGUGGAGAAGGUGCUGCAGAGACUUUUUCCUCCUGUUCCAAGUGGCCAAGGAAAGAGGGAACCCCAGACGCUGGCCUUCCAAAAUCCACCAAAGAAAGUGACCUCUGAGAAAGUGAGCCAGAAACAUGCUCAGCCUUUGACAGACGUCUGUCCCAUGACAGCCCCAUGUUAAGCUCUUGGUGGCUGCAGGAUCAUCUGCCAUGAGAGUCCCAUCAGCUGUGGUCCCUGCAGUGCAACUCCGCUCACCUGUGAGACUGUGAGAGGACCCCGCUGAGAGACACGGGAAGAGACCACCUGGGUGCAGCACAUCCCACUGAGAGACACGGGAAUAGACCACCUGUCUGCGGCACAUCCUACUGAGAGACACGAGAAGAGACCACCUGGGUGGACCACAUCCCACUGAGAGAUGCGGGAAGAGGCCACCUGGGUGCAGCACAUCCCACUGAGAGAUGUGGGAAGAGACCACCUGGAUGUAACACAUCCCACUGAGAGACACGGGAAUAGACCACCUGGGUGCGGCACAUCCCACCGAGAGACACGGGAAUAGACCACCUGGUAAGACAUCCCACCGAGAGACACGAGAAUAGACCGGCUGUGCGCAGCACAUCCAACUGAGAGACGUGGGAAGAGAACACCUGGGUGGAGUACAUCCCACCGAGAGAUGCAGGAAGAGGUCACCUCUGUGCAGCACAUCCCACCGAGAGACACGGGAAUAGACCACCUAUGUGCAGCACAUCCUACUGAGAGACGUGGGAUGAGAACACCUGGGUGGAGCACAUCCCACCGAGAGAUGCCAGAAGAGGCCGCCUGGGUGCAGCACAUCCCACUGAGAGAUGCGGGAAGAGACCACCUGGGUGCAGCACAUGUGGGCGGGUCCAUUCGGUUCCCCAGUAAACACACACUGGCUCUGAGACCUCGACUGCCCGACGGCUCUACACCGCCAGCGGGCCUCCUGAGGGCUACGUCCCCUGUUGGCCGGAGCCCAGCAGCUGUGGGAGCCCCGAGAACGCCUCCAGCGGGGAUGACACAGAAGAGAAAAUGCCCAGAGCAAGCCCCAAGCACAGCCUUGCAGCUGCAGAGCCGAUGGAGCCUCCAGGGCCCUCAGGAGCCAGAGGCCAGGAGAAGCAAGGAUGGGACCCCUCUCUCUCUGACCCUCCAAGAUCAGGAUCUUCAUGACCAGCCAAAGAGAAGAAGAAUUAGGAAGCAUAAAUCAAAGAAAAAAUUUAAAAAUCCCAAUAGUGUUCUUAUAGAACAAGCAGAAUUAGAGAAACAGCAGAGUCUGUUACAGGAGAAAUCUCAGCAACAGCACACAGAUGGCACCACAAUAAGCAAAAAUAAAAAAAGGAAACUGAAAAAGAAACAGCAAAUUAAAAGGAAGAAAGCAGCCGGCUUGGCAGCAAAGGCUGCUGGUGUCAGUUUCAUGUACCAGCCCGAGGACAGCAGCAAUGAAGGGGAAGGCGUGGGAGAGGCUGGUGAGGAGGAUGGUGUGGACGCCAGCGAGGAAGAUCCGACACCGGCCGGGGAGGAAGACGUUAAAGACACCAGGGAGGAGGACGGUGCGGAGGCCAGCGAGGAAGACCUGACACGGGCUAGGCAGGAAGAGGGUGCGGACGCCAGUGAGGAAGAUCCGACACCGGCCGGGGAGGAAGACGUUAAAGACGCCAGGGAGGAGGACGGUGUGGACACCAAUGAGGAAGACCUGACACGGGCUACGGAGGAAGAGGGUGCGGACGCCAGUGAGGAAGAUCCGACACCGGCCGGGGAGGAAGACGUUAAAGACGCCAGGGAGGAGGACGGUGUGGACACCAAUGAGGAAGACCUGACACGGGCUACGGAGGAAGAGGGUGCGGACGCCAGUGAGGAAGAUCCGACACCGGCCGGGGAGGAAGACGUUAAAGACGCCAGGGAGGAGGACGGUGCGGACGCCAGCGAGGAAGACCUGACACGGGCUACGGAGGAAGAGGGUGCAGACUCCGGGGAGGAGGACGGUGCAGACGCCAGCGAGGAAGAUGAUACAAUUACCAAUGAAAAGGCAGACAGUAUUCUAAAGUUUUUGAAGUCAACACAGGAAAUGUAUUUUUAUGACGGUGUCUCCAGAGAUGCAGCUUCAGCCGCCCUCGCAGAUGCCGCUUCAGCCGCCCUCGCAGAUGCCGCUGAGGAGCUGCUGGACCGUCUUGCGUCACACAGCAUGCCGCCCUCAGACGUGUCCAUCCUGUACCACAUGAAAACGCUGCUGCUCCUGCAAGAUACUGAGAGAUUGAAGCAUGCUCUGGAAAUGUUCCCAGAACAUUGCACGAUGCCUCCUGAGACCCAGAAUGGAUUUACCAUCAGGGAGACAAUGGCGCCAGUCUGGAUUGACGGAGCAGGAGCAUCAUCAUCUUAGACAAGCAUCACCCCUGCUGGAGCAUGCUGGGGUCUCCCCGGGGGCUCUUCAGAGUGAGGGAGUCCUGAGGCCGGGAGUCUGGGAACCACUGCUGUGCACUGUUUGGCACAACACUAGCUGAGGCCCCUUGUAGAAAUGUUCUUCCCAGACCUGCAGCAGGAAAGACACAGCGUGAGUGGGGAUGUCCUUUAUUCCCAGAGGCAAGUAAGCCCCAAAAUUCCACACUUGUCAGAGUGACAGGGUCCCAGGGGCAAGCCCUGGCUGAUUUCAGCCUCAGUGCGAACAAGAUCGUUAAUGGAGGAUGACGCAUUACAAAGGGCAGUGUAAUCCAUGGUGCAUGGUCCAUAGCACCAGAGCACAGGUGGGGAAGGUCAGGAGGAGAAAGCUCUACUUCUCACAAAAAAGUGGGGCAAACAAACAUAGAGAUGACAGAGUUAGCAAAGUGCUUUGUCGUCCCCAAGGGAAUAAUAACCAAACCCAACAAGGACGAUCCAGAUGUUAAAAUCACCUGGUCAGAUAUUUUGGGGAAGGGGAGAGUCCCGAAGCCUCACCUUACCCCACAGGUGACUUGCAGAUUUCGAAGGGGAGGAGCAGCUUUGCAGGGGGGAUCCAGCCGCUGGCACUGAGCACCCAGACGGGAGGCUUGUAGGGGAAAACAGAAAAAGGAGGAACCGGGGGAGUUUAGAAGAUGCUGUGGGGAUGAGGGGCAUGUCCCUCGAGGACCGUGCCAGCAGCGAGGCCAUUCGGAGAAGACUUGGGAAUGGCUUUGGUCACGGUCAGUUCAGACCUGGUGGGCAGGUCUACAGCCUGAUUUGGGGAAGUCUUGAGGCCAUGAGUCUGCAGGCACAGAGACAGCCCUGCAGCAUCAUCUGCGGAGGCUGAAGAGGGAGCCCCUGGUGUCCACCUGGGCAGGGGGAGGGACCUGUUGGGAUUGGGUGUAACUGCGAGAACAGCAUAGUGGAUGGGCGGUCUCUGCACCUGCGUGUGUGGAGGGAAAAGUAAGACAGGAAAGGAUGUGUCAUGAAAAACGUGGUCGUGAGUUAAAAAUGAGGCACAUACAACAAUAGAAAUUCUGCAGGAAUGUAUUUAAAUAAUACAUUGUCUACCAUGUGUGACUGUGCAUGAGAGAGGAGUGGAAUGGAAGUGGGGCACAGAGGAAGGAAGGAAGAAAGGAAGGAAUGCAGAGGACAGAAUGAAUACAGAUAAGGAGCAAGCAAGCCAGAGAAAAGGCCACACAUGCCCCCAGAAUGAUCCCCCGUGAUGAAGGUUGCUGCGUGAUCCACUCGGCCCCUGGGUCCCAGCAACUGACCACAGCAAAGAAGAAAAGAGGAGCUCCUGCAAGGGCAGGUGCUGGUGCACCAUCGUCCAGAACACGAAAUGCACACGUAGGUAAGAAUGUAAGUCUAUGUGAGAGACGGGCAAACAAAAACGAGUGAGACUCCUAUUACAUACGCUCCUGGGUGUGCUGACGUACAGAAAUCCUCUCUGCAGGCUUAAUUACUAUCUGCCGUGUUGGAUUUGCUUACAACCUGCCCGUGGCAUGAGGGCGUCUGAGCGUAAGAGUGAAAGAGAAUUUUAGAAUAAGUUGGACAGCGUCUGUCUCCUGUCUAGAGACAGCCAAGUCCUUGCUGUUAGAAAGGCGAAGCUGAAGAACAAAAUCAAACGUGGCUGCUCUUCCUAGUCCCUUGGGGCUGACUUGGCGUGGGCUUGGCCUGAGGUCCCGUCGUGCAUCUGGGCUCGGCAGAGACCACUCGGGGUUGGUUUUCCUUUUUGUUGUUCUCCACGGCUUUCUGUAGUGAGCUGGGCUGAAGGGAAUUUGUUACUAAAGAUAAUUAAAGUGCCCAAGUGAGCACCAGGGCGCAACUCCCCAGGGGGCUGGCGUCCAGCCUGAGAGGAUUUGGUCACCGCAAGCAAAGCCAUUGUGACCCGCUGUCUCCAGCUUGGCAGGUGUUCCCGCCUCAGGUUCCUGCUGGGGGGACAGCAGCCACUCGGGGGGUCCUCUCCUGGGGCAAACCCGUGGUGUAUCUACCUGCACUGCCACCACGGACACCACUGCCUGCCCCUCCCAGCAACGGGGACACUGUGAUGUCAGCCCAAGUCCUUGUAGGGAUAUCUCCAUGGCAGCCUGGGGGGGAUGUCACUGUGGUGGCCUCGGGGACGUCACCUAAGCCAUCUCUGGUAGACAGUGGGAGGUUCCUUUCCAUCUUUCCCUUCAGUGUGUGUCUUUACAUAGUUGCCAAUAUGGAUCCAUAAUUUUUUAAUUUAUUUAAAACUGUAGUCAAUGUUUUUUGAUGUAUAGCAUACAUAUAGAAAAGUACAUAAAACAUAAUGUCACAGCUCCUUGAAUUCUCACAAAAUGCCAAGCGAGACCCCUGUAACCCACACCCAGAUCAGGAAACAGCCCUCCCCAGCACCGUAGCCCCUCGAGGAGGCCCCGUCCCAGCUCUGCCCCUCCAGUCACUCCAGGUUUUCUCUUACCAAGCUUCUGAAGGAGCUUCCUGGCCAUCCAUCCUAAUGGUAGCACAAUAUGCUAGUAAGUUAACGGGCCUCAAUUAACUUAGCUAUUCCUUUAUUUGUGAACUGUUACGUUGCCUUAGGAUGAACAGGGUCUUAAAGCCUUUGGCGUAUUUUGCAUUAUUUUCUUAUUUAGAUUGAAAGAACUGGGGCUUUUGAGGCAAAGUCUACUAUACUUUAAAAAAUACAUUUGUAUUGUGAUACACAUACUGUAAAAUUUACAUUUUAAAAUGUAGAGUUCCCAAACCUAAACUCUGUCCCCAUCAGACAGGAACUCCGCAACCCCUCCCUGCACCUGGCAGCCACCAGCCAUCCUACUUUCUGUCUCUGUGGCUCCGACUUCUCCGGGGACCUCUGCUCAGUGCCACCCUGCGGGAUUUGUCCUUCUGUGACCAGCUCAUUUCACCCAGCAUAACAUCCUCAGGGUUUCUCGUGUUAUAGCCUGUGUCCAGAUUCCCCUGCACGCACGUGGCAGCCACCAGCCAUCCUACUUUCUGUCUCUGUGGCUCCAACCCCCCGGAGACCUCUCCUCAGUGCCACCCUGCGGGAUUCGUCCUUCUGUGACCGGCUCAUUUCACCCAGCAUAACAUCCUCAGGGUUCCUUGUGUUAUAGCCUGUGUCCAGAUUCCCCUCCUUUUUAAGGCUGAAUCAUAUUCCAUUUGUUAAAAGAAACACUUCAACUGAAUUAAAUUUAAAGGAGUUUAAUUGA